AUGAUUAUUGAAAUCAGUGAUCUCUCGCAGUUUGACGAGUUCUACUCAGGCUCGAAUCGCCUCGGAACAACCAGUUGUGAUGGUCGACUUAAAGUCCGAGUGCCACCAGCACCGCCGUCAUUCGCGAAACCACUAGAGGACAGAAUUACACAAGAAAAUGGAACGGUCACAUUUGAAGUCGAUGUACUCGGGUGGCCAGAACCUACCGUUACAUUCACUCUUAAAGGAAAGGAGUUGAAAAAUGGUGUUGAUGGGGUCGAAAUCAGCGGUGCUGAUGGCCUAUACAAAGUUGUUAUUCCUAACUGUAAAAUGGACGAACAUGAUGGAGAGAUUGUCUGUCGAGCUGUG